GUCCCAAAAAUAUGGAUUGAUCAGAUACCUAGAGCUAGAGCGACCUAAUCUGAAAAUGCUAGAUGACGACCAGAACGCCCCUGAUACAAGCCUGUAGCUAUGCUAGACCCCGAGAAACAGCCGUCCGUAUCUGUUCACGCGCCAACCUUCGAUUUCACAAUCAUUUCUUGGCUUCGGAGACCUGCCCCAUAGACUUCCUUUUCUCCUUCUUCAUCUUCUUCGCCUCCGCUCCACUAGGUUUCUUCACCGGCGACUUGGGCUUCUGCUGCUCCUUUACCGGUGACUUCUUCUGUUGCUCCUUCUGUGCCUUGAUCCUUUUUCUCUUUUCUGCAAGCUUCGCCUUCUUCUCCUUCUCCUUCUCAGCUUCUUCACCCAGCUGUGCAGGCAGCUUCUCAGGCGACUUCGAUUGAGAUUUUUGCUUCUUCGAUGAGGGCUCAUCCUGUUGCUUGGCUGGUGCAGAUUGUGCCUCCUCACGCUUACGCUUCUCGCCCUUCGAGAACUUGGGUGCUUCCGUCCUAAUAACAUCACGCUCAGGCUUGGCCUUCGAGGAUGUCGACGUGGGCGCA